AUGAAGCUCUCAGCACCGGCGCCAUUGGCCUUGAUGCUGACCUGGCUGUGCGCAUGCACAGAUGUGGUUGUGGCCAAGGAUGCCCCAACGGUGAUUGCAGGCAUGGAAGAUCUCCGCCAAAGCGUUGAACGUGCUCACACCGUGUUUGAAUCCUAUGAUGGUGGAUGGCUGAAAUCCCUGGCGCUGGGACACGCCGUCUGGGAUGUUUACUCGUCAACAAAGUCGGCUAGGGGCAAAUGGGAGUCGGCCCCGCCUUUUGAGCACGAUGAUAUGGCCGAUAUAUUGGUGACCUAUCAUGACGUGAGACGCUCUAUUGCGGAUGUCAUGGCUCUCGCUGGCAGCAAGGGAUCGGUUUAUGACAAGGGCGGUAUUCGGCUCGUCGUUGUUGGUACCAUGCAGCUAUUCGAGAACGAACGAAGUGAGUUUCAGCAAGCUGCGCGAGCGAAGAUCCCUGAAUCGUUCCAUGAUGAUAUUGCGGGUCCGGUGGCCAAUCUGCAGAUGGAAUUCCAGACCGCGAUGAAGGCACUCACAACAGAAAGACCAUUCGAUUCGUGUCAGAACAUUCACCUCAUUUCUUCGCCAUCCCUGACUGACUGUAAUAUGCCUUCGGAGACUCUAUGUCAUGAUUCCCAUGCCCCCGGCCCGGAAGCCCUAGCCAUCGUAGGAAUGGCCAUGCGUCUUCCUGGUGGUAUUAACACCGCCGAAGACUUUUGGGAUUUUCUCAUCAACAAGAAAGACGGCCACUGCGCUGUACCUGGGUCACGAUACAAUGUCGAGGCUUUCUAUCACCCAGCAAGAUCAGGCUCGGUGCGGACUCAGAGCGGCUAUUUUCUCCAAGAGGAUCCAGCGUAUUUCGACAAUCAGUUCUUUUCGUUGACACCGUACGAAGCAUCGCGGUUGGACCCCCAGCAACGGCUGCUGCUAGAAGUCAUUUAUGAAUGCAUGGAAAACGGUGGACAGGUAGGCUGGCGGGGCCAGGGCAGGAGCAUCGGCUGCUUUGUGGGCGUUUUUGGGGAGGACUGGUAUGAUUUACAGUCUAAAGACACGCAAAGAAUUGAUCGGUAUCAUGUUCUGGGAACGGGAAAUUUUGCGCUUUCCAACCGUAUUUCGUAUGAGUUUGACUUCACAGGGCCGAGUAUGACCUUGGCGACAGGAUGCUCGGCUUCGAUGGUCGGGCUGCAUGAGGCAUGCCAGGCUGUGCUCGCUGGAGACUGCGAGUCCGCCGUUGUAGCUGGAACUAACCUCAUUCUCACACCAACAAUGACUACCACCAUGUCUGAUAAUCUUGUCUUGUCGCCCACCGGAGUCUGUCGCACCUUCGAUGCGGGUGCGGAUGGCUACGGUCGAGGCGAGGGAGUCAACGCAAUCUACGUCAAACGCCUGGUAGAUGCCAUGCGUGAUGGAGACCCUGUUCGCGCGGUCAUUCGGUCCACGGCAACAAAUUGUGAUGGAAGAACUCCAGGGAUUACUACGCCCGGAUCGGCCACUCAGAUGCAGCUUAUUCGAAAGGCGUAUCAGCGCGCACAAAUUCAAGAUAUAACCAAUACCGGAUUUUUCGAAUGCCAUGGUACGGGCACCGUUGCAGGAGACACUGCGGAGACAUCUGUGGUUGCGGAGUUGUUUCGCAACACUGGCGUUCUCAUCGGAUCGGUGAAACCAAACGUUGGGCAUUCGGAAGGAGCAUCAGGGAUUACCAGCAUUAUAAAGACCGUUCUUGCUCUUGAGAAACGCAUCAUCCCGCCAAAUAUCUUCUUCAAGUCGCCAAAUCCCGGGAUUCCCUUCAAGGACUGCAAGCUAACAGCAAUUUUGGAACCGGGCUUUGAGAAUGGAGCCCAGCAUACCCGAAUGUCGUCUUACCUCGCUAAAAAGCUGCUUAUCGUCUCCGCAGCCACUGCAGAUGCUCUCUCAAAAAGAGCGGACGACCUGAUCAAAUUCAUGCAUAGUGACAGAAAUGCUUUGAACGACGUUGCCUAUACUCUGGGAUUAAGGAGAGAACGUCUUAAGUACCGGAGCUUUGCGGUCGCCUCUUCAAAUGCCGAUGCGGACUUUCAGGAGCCAGCUGUUGAAGCCUCGACAUCUCCAGAGGUAACGUUGGUUUUCACGGGGCAAGGUGCGCAGUGGGUAGGAAUGAGUAAAGAGUUGCUGGAAAAUUGUGAUGAUUUCAGAAAUGAUAUUCAGCUUAUGGACAAAUUCUUGCAAUCCGCAGACCCUGCUCUGUCCUGGUCUAUUGAAGAAGCAUUAUUGGCCCCGGAGGCUCAAUCACAUAUCAAUGAUGCCCAGAUCUCCCAACCAGUAUGCGUAGCGAUCCAGAUCGCUUUGGCAAACCUUCUGAGGAGAUGGGGCAUCGUAUUCUCAGCCGUUGUGGGACAUUCCAGCGGAGAAAUUGCGGCAGCCUACGCUGCUGGAGCUAUUUCGCUUCGCAGUGCCAUCUUGGUUGCGUACCAUCGUGGUCGACUAGCUCAGAACGUGGCUGAUGGAUCUAUGGCAGCAAUUGGUCUCUCAAGGGCUGAGGUAACGCCAUGGCUAGCGGAGGGUGCCGUGCUUGCUUGCGAGAACAGCCCCUCAAGCACAACUAUUGCAGGAGAAGCGCUGGCAGUGUCUCAGACUAUAGAAGCAAUUCGUGCUGCAUAUCCGGAUGCAUUUUGCCGCAUGCUGAGGGUCAAAAAGGCGUACCAUUCCCGUGAGUGUUUCUUAAUUAUGCCUUGUGAUGGGAGUAUACUGAUAUCCCGAGAAGCCAAGAUGCAGACCAUGGCUGCAGAUUAUACCGCCGUCAUCUCAUCUGAGAUCGAAAUCUCACAGUCCAUGAUACCCAUGUAUUCAACUGUAACCGGGGAGAAGAUCGCUGAUCCAGCUUGGCUGGAUAGCGCUUACUGGAGUCGUAAUCUAACCUCUACCGUCGAGUUCAACAAGGCAGUCAGGUGUAUGCUUCAGUCCAAACCGGACCAAAACCGUGUUUUCAUCGAGAUUGGUCCCCAUAGUGUGCUUCAGGGACCACUACGUCAAAUAUUUGAUGCUGCCAAGACCAAGGGGCAUAACUGGUACAUCCCAACCUUGAUCCGGGGCCACAGCGCAGAGGAUUUGGUUCUUCAAACAGCCGGGAUGGCCUUUAAUCGAGGAGUUGAUAUCGAUCUACUCACCAUAAACGGCUCCGGAAAGGUGGUUGACUGUCUGCCGCGGUACCCCUGGCAACAUACCGAACGGCACUGGAGCGAGAGUCGCAUCAGUGAAAAUUGGCGGCACCGAGAGUUUCCGCAUCAUGAGCUUCUUGGAUCCAGAGUCCUGGAGACAAGCCCUCUCCAGCCCUCAUGGAGGAAUGUGCUUCAGAUUCACAACUGUACUUGGUUGGGACAUCACAAGCUUUUCAAGGAUAUGGUGUUUCCCUGCGCCGGUUACGUGGCUAUGGUGGGAGAAGCCAUACGACAACAUUGCCAAUGUGACGGUUAUGAGAUUCGGAACCUGACUUUGAAGAAACCGCUGUUCCUCCAAGAAACGAGUGCCACCGAGAUCCUCACAUCUUUAAGACCUGAGCGACUGAGCGAUAUCGCCGACUCAGAGUGGUUUGAGUUUUCAAUUCUUGCCAUGGAUGGCUCCGAAUGGGGUACAUACUGUCAGGGUAAGAUACGUGCAAUCGAUCACGCAAAGAUGCCACGAGUAAAAAGACAGCCACGCUGGACACGGAAAGUUGAGUCAAGAGAUUGGUAUCAGUUCAUGGCCCGAUUAGGACUGAAUUACGGACAGAGCUUCCAGCGGAUGAGUGAUAUCACCACUGAUCCGGUAGAUCAUCUUGCGAAUGCAACGGUGCCGGAAGAUAGUAGCGAUACUGGGGACCAUUACCUGGUGCAUCCGACUGCGAUUGACCAGGGUCUUCAACUUUUGUCCGUCGCUAUGGCCAAUGGGAUCGAAAGACAUGCUACCGCAUUAGCCAUUCCUGCCUCAAUCGAUCAGAUCUCUGUUAUCAAAGCCGAAGGAAACAUGUGGUGUCAAGCAGACACAUGCAGUAACGUGUUCUCGACCACCCUAUCUGGAAAUGUCAGCAUCUUAACCAGCGCAGGUUCUGCGCUGGUCAUCACUGGGGCGAGAUUUUUCUCCCUCGCAAAUGAUGAGGUAGAUGAAGCAAGUACCAUCCCUCUCCUUUCCCAAAUAGACUGGGCACCAUGCUUAGACCUGAUAUCCCCGGAAAAGUGGCUUCCUUUCAAUCCUGAAGAAAGGGGCGUGUCCCUAGUGGCAGAGAUCACUUGCUUCUACAUCCUAGAAGCAGCGUUGCAAAUUGUGAAUGUGACUCCUGCGACUGAACAUCUGGAGAAAUACCAGUUAUGGUUGAAGAAAAUCAAUGAGCAGCUCUUGAUUGGAAAGGCUCAAGCCUUUCUUAAAAUCCCAUGGCGUGAUAUGGACAAGAAUGAAAGAUUUGCUCAAGCCGCCGAGAUCCGUCAAAAGCUCAAAUCUUUCGAACGAGGUGUGGAUAAGGUGGAACAAGUCUUGAAAGAAGUCUUUGAAGGCUGCAGCGGAAUUAUAGAGGGACGAAUUUCUCCACUGGAAGUCUUGACCAUGGAUCGCUUGCGGAUUAUUUACGACUUUGUCAACUCGCUCUCGGACUGUACGCCAUUUUUGUCGAAGGUCGGCCACUGGAACCCUCGGGUUAGAGUUCUCGAGAUUGGUGCAGGCACAGGGGCCACUUGCGCACAGAUCAUCAAUUCAAUGCGGACAAAGGAUGGAAAGAGAACGUUUGCCAGUUAUGCCUUCACUGAUGUAUCGCCGGCGUUCCUUUCGACUGCAGCAGAGCGAUUCAGCCAGCACAAGAGUAUUACUUUCCACAUUCUCGAUAUCACCAAAGAUCCUCUCCAGCAAGGAUUUAUGCCGGCCUCUUAUGACCUUAUCGUUGCCUCCAAUGUCAUACAUACCACACCAUCUCUCUCAGAUGCACUGAAAAAUGUCCACAAGCUCUUAGCUCCGGGUGGAUUUCUUCUGCUUCAAGAACUAUGUCCGGACAUUCUGUAUACGGAUUUCAUAAUGGGAAUUCUGCCCGGCUGGUGGAAUGGAACAGAAGACGGACGAGUCAAUGCUCCGUACGUCAAGCCAGAACGAUGGCACACUGAGCUCAUCCAGGCCGGCUUCACUGGUGCAAUGUGUGCCACGCCAGAUGGUGUUUAUCCAUUCCAGCAGAAUGCCAACAUUAUCUCUCGGCGCCCGGUCGACUACUUGCCGCCGCAGAAGAUUACGCUCCUCUCAAACACCUCCCAGGACAGCUCUCUUCCAUGGAAUGAAAAUCUCGAGAGAGAAUUGACAAAUCAGGGCUACAGUGUGAAUUGGGCUACCUUGCAGUCACCACCUGUAGACACAAGUUGUAUUAUCUCCCUUCUGGAUCUAUCGGGACCUGCGCUGCAUGACAUGAAUGAGGUGCGAUUUGAGCAGAUGAAACGACUGUUUUCUCUAAGUUCAAGGUUUCCUAUCAUAUAUCUCACGCGUAGUGUGCAAAUGGCCUGCGAAGACCCCCGCUUAGGUCUCGUUCUGGGGCUUUCUCGCGCCCUGCGAAGGGAGAUAGUGGGGAACAUCGUCACGAUCGAGCUUGAUGCUUUGAAUGAGUCAACUUCUCAGGCUGUUAUGGACAUAUUACAUCGAACAAGACAGGUGGUUUCACACGAGAGUCUUCGAGACGACGAAUAUGUGGUUUUGUCUGGGCAAGUGUAUGUCGGCCGGGUCAACUGGCGAUCGCUCCGAGGACAAAUGCAAGAGAAGCCUGGAUCAGAUACGACUCGCUGCCUGUCUGUUCGCCGAUAUGGAUUGCUUGAUAGUCUAUUCUGGGAAGCCAGUCUGAGCGAUGAAACUCCGCUGGAGCCCACGGAGCUUGAACUGGAUGUGCAUUGUGUUGGUCUGAACUUCCGGGAUCUUAUGAUUGCACUUGGUGUUAUGGGAGAGUCCAAUCAAUCUGGGAUCGAAGCUAGUGCUAUCGUGCGCAGGGUCGGCGCCAAGGUCACAAGAUUCAAAACUGGAAAUAAGGUAGUGGUUUGUAGUAAAGGACUCUUCCGGACACGGGCGCGUGUAGAUGAGAAUGACUGUAUCGAGAUUCCCCCAGGACUGUCAUUUGAGGAUGCUGCGACAAUUCCGGCGGUGUACGCAACCUCUUUUUACUCCUUGGUCACCAUCGGCCAACUGCAGCCGCAUCAGAUAUAUGCGACUGCAGGCUUACCUGAAAAGCGGAGCUAUUUGCAUGCAGAAUAUGGAAUUCCCAUGGAGAACAUAUUUAGCUCUCGAGACGAUUCAUUCCAUCAAGGUGUGAUGAGUAGAACGGGCGGAGCUGGCGUUGACCUGGUCUUGAAUUCGUUGGCUGGUAGCUUACUUCAUGCGUCCUGGCAGUGCGUCGCUAAGUUUGGAAAAAUGGUUGAGUUGGGAAAGCGAGACUUUCUUGCUCAUGGAACUCUCAGUAUGGAUCUUUUUGGCGGUAACAGGUCAUUUUUUGGAGUCGACAUGUUGAGUGUUAUUGCAGAGCAACCAGAACUCUCGCAACGCCUAAUGACACAAUUUGUCGACUGGUACAAGGGUAAUAAGAUUCGACCGAUCCGACCGAUCAAGGUGUUUGAGGCGAGCGAGGUUAUUGAGGCAUUCAAGUACAUGCAGAGCGGGAGACACAUGGGCAAGAUCGUGAUUCAGAUGCCCAAGGACGGGGCGCAGUUUUCCUCCGAGCCCAUCACGAUCGCUACGAACCUCAGCACCACCAAGUCAUAUCUCUUGGUUGGUGGGCUGGGUGGCAUCGGACGCGCGGUGGCAAAUUGGCUUGUUGAACAAGGAGCUCGACAUCUUAUUUUCCUUUCGAGAUCUGCUGGCCGAUUACCAGAUCACCGCACUUUCGCAUGUGAACUAGAACGGCAGGGCUGUGAGGUUGCGAUGAUUUCUGGGGAUGUCUCUCGACCGGAGGAUAUCAAAAAGGCUUUGUCAAGCGCUGCUGGCCGGGUAAUUGGAGGAGUGAUUCAAAUGUCCAUGGUGCUUCAAGAUGAAAGCCUUGCCAAGAUGACGCACAGUCAGUGGCUGCAAGCCACUCAACCCAAGGUCGACGGCACGCUCAAUCUGCAUCGAGCGUUGGAAGUGCACGAGUCGGGCCUCGACUUCUUUGUUCUGUUUAGUUCCAUGUCUGGAGUAGUCGGCACCGUGGGACAGUCAAAUUACGCGGCAGCUAACUCUUUCCUUGAUGCCUUCGUAACGUAUCGUCGCCAACUAGGACGUGUUGCAUCCGUUUUGAAUCUCGGCAUCGUUGAGGACAUCGGGGUUGUGCAUCAUGAUCAGCCCACACUGAACCGUGUGAAGUCCACAGGAGCCCGUCUAAUCCGCGAGGACGCCGUCAUCGAUGCACUUCAUGCAGCCAUCUUGCCAUACAGAACGCCACCAAAUUCGGUAGAGUUCACUUCAAGUGUGAUGAUGAUUGGUGUGAACUCCGUGAAGCCUUUAUCCGCGCCCGGCGUGACGCCUUUGUGGGGCCCUGAUAUCAGGUUUUCGAUGUAUGAGAAUCUUGAGACACACACAAAGCAAGGGCCUGAAAUGGACAAGACAGAUCUGAAAGAAUUCUUUGCCAUGAUUGAGCAUAGUCCAGAACUGCUAGGUGACCCGGCCACGGAGGUGCGCAUUAUGUCUGAACUGUGCAAGCUGAUCAACGCCCAUAUGUCUCGCGACGAAAGAGAGAAUGACGACAUGGCCAGCAUUCCCAUCGACUCAUUGAUGUCAAUUGAGAUUCGGAACUGGUUUCGCAGACAGCUUGGAAUGGAGAUUAGUUUAACCGAAAUUUCGAAAGCGGGAACUGUUGGUGGACUGAGUCAACUGUGUGUGGCUACCCUCAAUGAGAGGUAUGCUGUGUCUAGCAGAGGUACGGAAACCCACAAGGAAGUUGAAAUUGGGAGGGUAGAAUAA